CCAAAUCACACAUAUAUAAAGACUUAUAAGAAAUGGCAGCAUAUGAAAAACUUAAUGACACCGUAAUCCGUUAUUUACAAAUUUAGAAGAUACCUGUAUGUAGCUAAAGCACGUUUCACUUUGGUUAAGAAAAAGGAUUCAAUAAGACUACAGCGCCCUACCUUCUAUAAAUUUGAGUACAGUAAUAUCAUGGACAAAUUGCAAACCUGGUUUAUAGUAACAUUGUUUAUAGUUACGAAAUACCUACAGGCGAGAACACAAAACUUAAAUGAACAAAGUUCACAAUUGGAUCCCGAUCCGGAAUUUCUAGGAACUAUUAGUAAUGUUACCUUUCCAGCCGGUAGAGAAGCAAUAUUAACUUGUUCAGUUAGAAAUUUGGGAAAAAAUAAGGUUGGCUGGUUAAGAGCUUCAGACCAAACGGUUUUAGCUCUGCAGGGUCGUGUCGUUACUCACAAUGCCCGCAUUAGUGUCAUGCAUGACGAUAUGCACACUUGGAAAUUGAAAAUUAGUAAACUACGCGAAAGUGAUCGUGGCUGUUACAUGUGUCAAAUUAAUACCAGUCCCAUGAAAAAACAAAUCGGUUGUAUAGAUGUGCAAGUUCCUCCCGAUAUCAUUAACGAAGAGUCAUCCGCUGAUAUGGCUGUACAAGAAGGUGAAGAUGCCACGCUUACCUGCAAGGCAACAGGUAAUCCUCAGCCACGUGUCACCUGGCGUCGUGAAGAUGGCGAAAUGAUCUUAUUACGUAAAUCAGGCAGCCGGGAGCUAAUGAGAGUUGAAUCUUUUUUGGGUUCUUCGUUAAAAUUGAUGCGCUUGGAACGCCGCCAAAUGGGCGCUUAUCUAUGUAUUGCUUCAAACGAUGUCCCACCGGCCGUUAGCAAAAGGGUAUCUUUAAGUGUACAGUUUGCACCCAUGGUAAGAGCUCCAAGUCAGUUAUUAGGCACUCCGUUGGGUUCUGAUGUGCAACUCGAAUGCCAUGUUGAAGCUUCGCCGUCCCCUGUGUCGUAUUGGUUAAAGGGCGCUCGCGCGCCUAGCGGAUUUGCCAGUGUUUCAAAUAACAACUUAGAAGGUGGUCAGCCAGGCCCAGAAAUGCUGUUAGAUGGGCCUAAAUACGCUAUUACUGAGAAACGUGACGGUUAUCGUGGCGUUAUGUUACUAACAGUGCGCUCAUUUUCACCAUCCGAUGUUGGCACUUAUCAUUGUGUGAGCACAAAUUCCUUGGGUCGGGCUGAAGGUACUUUAAGGUUGUAUGAAAUCAAAUUACAUCCUGGCAUAUCUACCAUCAAUGAUGAUCAUCUAAACUUUAUAGGAGGUUUAGAGGAUUCAAAUCGUAAUUCUGCCUCAAAGACGCAACGAAUAAAUUAUUUAGUAUGUCUAUCCACGUACUUCUGUCUGACCACUAUAGUGUACUACAACUAUAUAUUAUUUAUGUCUAGUAAGCAAUUGCAACAAAGAUGAUGCAAAGCGUAUUAAGAAACACCUGCGUUAGCAAUGUUGUUGCUAUUCAUUCCAUAAAUGCAGCCCAAACGCGUGAUUUGUAAGAAAAGUAAGAGUAAUAAACAUUAUACAUAAUAUGACACUCUUUAUUCAAAGGCCUAUGAAAGGAAACGUUCGUAGGAUGAAAGCACUCUGAAGUGCCGCAAAAAUUUUACGGCUUUUUUCUGUCACAAUAAAAACAAAAGCAAAAAUGUGUAAAUGCAUGUUUCAUCUUUGAUUUAUUUAAUUGUCUAGUUCCUUUUUUUUUGGCAUUAUAAGAUAUUACAAUAUAUCUCCACACAUAUGAUAAGGCCAUAAUCAUUUGCUAAAAAUAAUUCAAUAAUAUCACUGGGAUACGUAUCAAAAAUAAAAAAAAAUAAAAUUUUUACUUACAUGCAUAC